GAAAUAUGUAUGGUGAAACUGUUUAACACAAUUGGUAGAUCACGAGAAGGGCCGCCGUGGAACAGCGGAACCAUGCGUGCUUUGGGGUCCGAGGGAUCUCUAACCGCACGGGUUCGAAUCUUGUCCACGGUCCGAGUGUAGGUUGGGCUUCCUCACUCGUGGCAAUGGUUUCCUAGUGGGUGGGCUUUGAGAUAGGAGGUACCCCAAAAAGUAUCCCUUUAGCCCAUAAAUUCCCGUGAAAAGCCCACAUGGUAUAAAUAAAGGAAAAAAGAAAGGAGUAGAAGUCUGCAUGCCAACGUCCUCAUUGCUACCAACUAGGACCACUUGGCAUACCUGAGACACACCUGUUAUCCUGACAAUGCCUACACCCAUAUAUUAAAUAUGGCAAAGCUCUUUUAUCUUGUCAAUGUACUGUUGUUCUUGCUUUACUCUAAAAUAUUCACUAAACUAUUGAGUACUCCGAGUCAAAUACACGAAUACAAGCACUACGGAAAUAUUAAACCCGAUUAUGAUUACAAGUACAAGGUAUUAUGUAAUCAAGUACGAGUAUAUAUGAGUAUGUACAAGUACCCAAACCUGUAGGAAGCUGAUAUGAACCAAUCAGCCUUGAUUUGCUAAGUGAUAAUAUCAGACAUUUAUUAGUCGUCUGGUAACACCUCAUUCAUCAGUGGUCUAGCAGCUCACAUUCAUCACUCGCUGGCUGGCAGCCCUAUCAUACGGGCGCACAUUUGUUACUGUGAGAACACAGUUGUAGCGAAUUUGAGCCCGAAUUGGAAAAGACACCCGUGUGAGCUCUACCACUGCCGCACGACUCUUUCAAAAUAUCUAAGAAUGAUGUUAGUAAUUACAAUGGUGGUGGCAUUGGUGGCCUUCACCGCAGCCAAGCAGCCAUCGCCACUCGUGACGCUUAAGCAGGGCACCAUCCUGGGAUCACGAGAAAAGGCCAUAAACGACCGAGUGUACUACGCCUUCAAAACCAUUCCUUACGCCAAACCACCCAUCGGACCCCUCAGACUCAAGGAUCCAGAGCCAGCCCCUGCAUGGAGCGGCGUCAGGAACGGCUCACUCCCCUUACCGAAGUGUCCACAGUCUUCCAUCUUUCUCAUGUCUCAGAACUCUGUCACAGGGCAAGAGGACUGUCUCUACCUCAACGUUUAUACGCCAAGGCCAUACAAGUCGAACCUGCCCGUCAUGGUGUUCAUUCAUGGCGGUGCAUUCGUGAUCGGAUCGGCCAUGGGUUCUGUUACUCCAAUGCUGCCAUCACCGUUGAUGCAGAAAGACGUAGUGAUGGUCGCCAUGAACUAUCGCCUGGGUGCUCUUGGCUUCCUCUCGACGGGAGACAAUGUUUUGCCGGGUAAUUUGGGCCUAAAGGACCAGACUCUGGCCCUCCAGUGGGUGCAGGACAAUAUUAAUGACCUCGGCGGUGAUCCUAACCAAGUCACCAUAUUUGGUGUCAGUGCUGGAGGCAUCUCUUCGCACCUGCACAUCCUCUCCCCGAGCUCAGCGGGGCUGUUCCAGAGAGCCAUCCUGCAGUCAGGCACAGCACUACUCACAGGAGUUUUCGUUCCCGCUCGGAAGGGCGCCAUCAGCAUCAGCAAGGCACUCAACUGUACCGGCGAGAAUAGCCGCCAACUCUUGGCGUGUUUCAUGAAAGCAUCUGUCGAGGACUUGUUGCAUGCCCAGAGCAACUUAACUGAAUGGUACGAUCUUCCCAUGACUGUGGGUGUGCAAGUGGACGGAACCUUCUUGCCUGACUACCCGGCGGUCCUACUCAAAUCCGGGCGGUACAAUAAGGUGGAUGUGAUGAUCGGAUGGACGAGGGACGACGGUAGCAUUAUUACAGCAGGUCUCUUCACCAAGAAAAGGGAACAAGCCUUGUCGCAAGUAAAUGAAAAAUUCGAAAAAGUAGGGCCACUGUUGCUCUCGCUAACGGAGGAGGAGGAUCCCGUCUAUCUGGCACGGCGAAUUUGGUUUCAGUAUACAAGCGGCGCCAACUUGACGCUGGACAACGAGGCUGACUUCACAAAUCUUCUGACGGACUUUGCUUACGGGAUUCCUGCCAUGCAAUCAGCUGAGAUCCACACUAAAACACCCGACAAGAAGAUCUUCCUAUACAGACUUGACCACUGUCUUGAGAAGUCGUACUUUCACGUCCUAACAAACACUUCCAUCAAAAGGAAAAUGGCGUCGCACGGGGACGACAUGAUGUAUCUCACACAAGCCUCCCCACACCUGGUUCCAAUGCAACGCCGAAUGGACCUCCACAUGCAACAUAUUAUCGUGACUCUUUGGACCAACUUUGCAUCUACGGGCAACCCGACUAUCAAUGGCACUCUGGGUUUUAGAUGGACUCCAGUGACACCCACGAGACCUCUCAGCUAUUUGUCUCUUACCACCUCCCCUAACAUGCAGCAAGUGAAUAGAGUGAGCCAAGAUUUCUGGAACUCCCUGCCCACCAAGAACACCAAGAUUCUCUACCCCGAGCGUUUCCUUCAAUCCAUUGACAACAAAGAGACGUCGUUGUCCUGUGAACAGAGCUACCCUUCGGAACUCCCUGCAUUAGACUCGUACAGUAGGAAUGUGUUACAGAUGAGUUAGAGAUCAUGUAAUCCCUCUAUGUAAUAUUUCCUUGUUGCUUUCUCUAAUGCUAAGUAAAGACCGGCUAAUCCCAAAGAUUAUGAAGGAUAAAAGCACAUUAUGUGUUAAGAUUCUCAUUAUCUAUAAUGAAUUUCAGCUGGAAAGCCGAUUAGAAAUAAUACAGAAAUUCCUGGAGGGAUGAGGCGCAUUACUGUCAAUACAUUUACGAGUUGUGAAUGUACAUGAUGGCGUUGCCUUUGUGUAGAUACAAAACAACAAAUGCAUCAACAAUUCUACGCCUCAUCUUGAAAAUAUUAUGACAAUUCAGAAAACUGAAGUUAUGAUAUAACGUUACAAAUACUAGUGUGUGCGUUGGCACCGGAAAGGUAUCUUAGCUUGCUCAAGCCAUUUUGGUGAGUUGUUGAUACUAGAAACUCUUCAACACGCCAAGUAUCGCAAUGAAGGAACUGAAGUGUGUACAUUUUGAUAUAAUGAGUACAAAGGUCUUUGUUCGGAAAGUCCCAGGUAUCUGUCUGAUAUACUUACAUUGUGAGAGUUAUUUAAAAUGUCAGCACUUUACAAAAACUACAGCAACAUGUACGGAUGCAUAUUUUGGAAACUUGCAAGCCCAGAGCUUCUUGUUUAGUUCUAAAAACCUUUCCUAUUAGCAUAGAUAAACGGAACAAAGAAUUACCAUGUUGUAAGUAAGGCAAGUUUAUAUUUGGAUAUUGUAGCUUUAUUUAUAUGUAUAUUUACUUGAUAAAAACAAAUAAAUGAA